AUGCUGAAAAGGGAGAUGAAGCCAGAAAGUGACAGGCCACGGAGAGUCCGAUUUCGGAUCGCAUCAUCUCACAGUGGACGAGUUCUGAAGGAGGUUUAUGAUGAUGGGCAACCAUCUGGCUCUCUGGAUUCUGAAUGUGCCAGUAUUUGUGGGAUAGAUGGACUAAGUGAUUCUGAUGGACAGCAAAAUGGCCACAUUGGAUCUGAAGGCGACGAGCAAGAGAAUGAUCAGGAUAACUUGCUGGUGCUGGCAAAGGCUGCCAGUGAGAAGGGUUUUGGUACAAGAAGAGUCAACAUUUUAAGCAAAAAUGGCACAGUGAGAGGCGUCAAAUACAAAGUGAGUGCUGGCCAAGCUCUAUUUAACAAUUUGACCAAAGUAUUACAGCAACCAUCAACUGACCUAGAAUUUGACCGCGUAGUGAUUUAUACCACUUGUCUUCGAGUGGUGAGGACAACCUUCGAGAGAUGUGAACUGGUUAGAAAGAUCUUCCAAAACCAUCGAGUAAAAUUUGAAGAGAAAAACAUAGCUCUGAAUGGUGAAUAUGGAAAAGAGUUAGAUGAAAGGUGCCGGCGAGUUUCGGAAGCUCCGUCCCUCCCUGUGGUGUUCAUUGAUGGCAAUUAUCUCGGGGGUGCUGAGAAAAUUUUGUCAAUGAAUGAAUCAGGAGAACUGCAAGAUCUCUUAACCAAAAUUGAGAGAGUGCAGCAUCCACACGAGUGUCGCUCCUGUGGAGGCUUCGGUUUUCUUCCAUGCUCCGUGUGCCAUGGGAGCAAGAUGUCAGUAUUUCGAAAUUGCUUUACAGACUCUUUCAAAGCCCUGAAGUGUACAGCUUGCAACGAGAAUGGUCUUCAGCGUUGUAAGAACUGUGCUGCUUAGUGUGAGCUUCUGCCCAGGAAAAGACUCAUUUUAGUAACUGA